CAUAGACUGUAUAUACAAAUCUUAUGUAAGAAUCAUUGUAUCUUGACCAAUCGCCGCCCAGAUGUGAGCUCUUCCACAUCUGGGCGGUGCGUAAGGAAGUAAUGAAACCACAAGAACCAGCAACGCAAACUCUAAUGAGCUAAGUCCAUGCACACGAGGUUUGAAUCAUCGUGUUGUUGUUGAUAGUUAAAGCGAAGUCGGUCUGAUCCAGAACACGCAGCAACUCCGUGGACAUGGAUGUGCAGAAAUAUUUGAAGCGGAUCGGGUCCACGGUCCCGGCUGAGCCCGACCUGGACGCGCUGCGGUCGAUCCACGCUCGCCACUUGCUGUCGGUGCCGUUCGAGAACCUGACGAUUCACAGCGGCGGAAGAAUCCAGCUCCAGCUCCCGCUGAUCUACGACAAGAUCGUAACCCGGCGCCGAGGCGGCUUCUGCUGCGAGAACAACGGCCUCUUCUCCUGGCUGCUGUCCUCACUGGGCUUCCAGGUGACCACGCUCUCCGGCCAGGUGAAGUGCACGAGCACCGGACGCUACGGGCCACCGUUUAACCACCUCGUCCUCAUGGUGACCCUCCGUGGACACCGCUGGCUGUGCGACGUCGGCUUCGGCUUGCCAGGCUUCUCUGUGCCGCUUUCUCUGGAGACCAACGGGCCCCAGUCGGAGGGCCACAGAGUGUACCGCAUCCGAAAGGAAGGGGAUAUGCACUUUCUUGAAUGGCAAGGAAAGGAGAACAGGGGUGCGGAUGGAGACUGGAAGGAUAUCUACAAGUUCACCCUCGAUCCCAGGCGCCUGGAGGACUUCACUGACAUGUGCCAGUACCACCAGAGCUCCCCCUGCUCCAUCUUCUUCUGCAAAUCCCUCUGCAACAUUUUAAAACCAGGUGGAACGCUCACCUACAUCGGCCGCAGACUCAUCUCCACCACAUUCCCCUCUGAGGGAACAGGGGGGGUGUUGGACACCACCACCAGAGAACUUCAAGAUGAGGAGAUUACUGUUGUUUUAGCAGAGGAAUUUGGAAUUGUGCUAGAUUCACCACUCAUACCUAAGGACGAGGCAGUAACACCACCCCCAGUCAUGUAUUGAUCAUAUGGGCAAUCUAUGUAUCUUCAAACAGAUUUUAGAUAAAUCAUAAACCAGAUUUUUACAUGGAUCCACAUGCCUAUAGAUCAGUCUCUUAAAUAGGCUCCAUCGAGCCCCAUCAAUGAUUCACUGGGAAAUCAGAGGAAAGUGAUCCAAACUUCCUGGAUCCACCCCUUUGUCUGCACCCAUGCCAAAAUGUAAUGGACCAUACAAAUGU